CACCACCCUCACAAUAUGUGUGCUUUUUGUUUUUCUUAGUGUGACUAUGUCUGCUUAUCGUGACGAAUCGCAGCGUGCCCGCAAACGUGCCACGGACCGCAAGUCGCAACGAAACCAUCGCGAACGUCAAAGAGCCUACGUGCAGCAACUUGAGCAAUCGUUGGCCACGCUCAAGGCUGCCGCCCAUUCUGAUCAGCUUGUGAGUAGUCUUCUUGCCGAGAUUGAUCGUCUUCAGAAGAAGUGCACCACUCUGGAGGCGCAAGUUGCACGCAUCCGGGCCGUUGUGUGUGAUCACCCUGAGAGUGCGGGCGAAGAGGCGCCAGUCGGAGAUACUCAUCCUGGGUUGAGCCUCGACGUCUGUGAAAGUGGGCGAUCAGAUCAAAUUGGGGUUAUCGCCUCGGUCGAUGAUGAGCUGUCGGCCAUGGGGGUUGCCAUGUGCGCCCCAGACGUAACACUAGCCGUUGGCGACGGUUGUCUAUCUGUCGAAGACUGCAGCAUGUCUGCGUUCGACUGGGAUCCGUCAGCAGGAGAUGGAAUUUUGCAAGCAAUGGCUCCCAUCCAGACUCUCGGAGACGUUGAGCCAAUACAAAACGUCACAGACGUAUGCUUCAAACAUUUCCAUACUAGGCGUACUUCGAUCCAGGGCCCGCUAGUGCCAUUGUCCAACGCAUGUCUUACUACAUCGACCUCACCUGGCCUGCCCCGCUACACUGCUGCAGCCGGUGAGGCAGACAUAUUUCUGUUGGCCGCUCGCCAAGCUUGUCAAAAUGGACAGCUUCCUUCGAGAGAGUGGCCGUUUCAACAACACAGGGCUAAGUGAACAUUAAUUGCCUCGCCUGUGCUACCACUCUCUAACAAAGCACAGCAAAUCUCACACGAAAUGCCCGAAAAGAGGUUCGUUUCAAAGACGGCACCGUCAUACCUCCAGGUGCUAUCCUUAAAGCACCGGCGCUGCACCUUCA